ACCUGUAGAAAAGAUGUGAAGUAAUAAGAAGAAUAAAUUAUAAAUUCACAUUCGAUAUCGACUGUCAGAUCUGAGUCCGUCCCUGCGCAACCCCCACUUCCGAGCCCGGCCCCGUCGCCGGUCUGUGUCGUGAAGCCGAAGUUCGGCCGCAGCCGGCCAAUUCAGAGUGUUCAGUCGUGCCGGUAAGUUUACGUUCGUCUCGCCGAUUUAACGGGCUAUUCUCGCGGUGCAGCGAUGUCGGACGUCGACCUCAGGUGUCUAAUAAGGGCUGUGCGGAAACGGCCCGUGAUAUGGAACAAACACCACCCUUGCUACAAGGACAGGAGCAACACCAAGAAGGCGUGGAUGGAAAUUUUCAUCGAACUCAACGACGGCUUCGAACUGAUGGAUCAGAGGACGAGGAUGGAAUACGGUCAUUCCCUGAUGAAAAAAUGGUCCAACAUCCGCGACUCUUUCCAGCGGAGCGAGAGGAAGAUGAGAGACUUCGUGAAAUACGGCGCCAAACAACGUCCCAAAACGUACAUAUACAGCCACGACCUGCAGUUCUUGAAAAAGGCCAAACAUCGCCGAACCGUCCCCGAAGAAUUCGACGACGGCGCCGCCCUCCAGGGGCACCUCGAACACGUCCAAGAGGACGAGACGUCGACGACGCACAACGCCGCCGAACCGGACGUCAAGGACGAAUCCCAGCACUUCGCCGAACCGAUCCGCGAACAAGAACGGCACCACGUUUCUUUCCUGAGCGGGAUCUCGCCCACCCUGGGGUCGUUCGACGAGGACGAAAUGCUGGAGUUUCAGCUGGUCGUCCUGCAGAAGAUCGCGGACAUGAAGAGGCGGAAGAAGAACUUGGGAUGCGUCCGUAUGGCCGGCAAUCCCAUAGCCUCCUACGGUUCGGACGAGUUUCCAACUGGAUCAAGUGUCAAUUUUCGAGGUUUGCACUACUCCGGAACUGCCACAGUGCAAGGCGAUCCGGGGCCUUCUACGUCCCAGCGACCAAAUGAAAAUAUCGGGCGCGCUUCUAGGAAUCUGUUACAGGUUGCCUCGAGUUCGGAAACGGACCCUAGAACUUCGACAGAACCUCCGGAGGACUUCCAGAGGAACAAGAGACCCCUAUCAACUUCACCUCCAGAAGUGACUCCUCCCGAGAGACAAAUACCCAUCCCGCCGCCGACUAGGACGUUCCAGGAACCGACCAGAAGAUCGACGCCUCAGCCGACGUGGUACCCGCCGCAAACGUCGUCGGGAUGCCAAUACCAGGACGAAUUUUUCACGUUCGGCCAGCACGUGGCCAACCAGCUCCGCUGCCUGCCGCUCGGCAACGCCAUCGUGUGCCAGAACUACAUCAACAACUACCUGGCCGAGGAGAGACUGAAGGUGAUAAACGAGGGCGGCGGCUACUAUCGUCACGACGCGGUACCGACGACGUCGAGGUGCGUCGCCGAUGACCGGAACGUCGGGACCGUCGAUUACCAUCACCACGCGUCCGCGACCGCUUCCAACUCCUCCAUGGAGCCGAUGGAAGACUUCAUGGACGACUUUUCGUCCGAUCAGAAGCUAGAUUUUAUCAAGGUGGAGGACAACUCGGACGAUUUGUUAUAAUGGGUAGACGGUGAUUCGUGUUAAAUCGAAAAUAUGAAAAGAGUAAAUAUGUUACAUAAUAUGUUGAAUAAGGACGAUCUGAAAUAUGUCAGAUAUCGGGAUUUCCCAUUGUGUAAAGAUGUAAAUAACUUGUAUAAAUUUUUAUAAUAUUACAAUGAGUUAUGUUGAAAAUCCAGAAUAAAAAAGACAUGGUU